AUGGAUAUAAUGCAAGACUAUCUUGAAUGGAGAGAAUACAUUUAUCUUAGAUUGGACGGUCAAACAAAACCAGAAGAACGUACUGAUCUUUUAGGGAAAUUCAGUGAUCCUGCUUCACCUUAUUCCAUCUUCAUGUUAAUUAAAGUUCUACGAUUGAUUUCACAAAAAUCAAUCGAAGAAAAUAUUUUAGCACGUGCUCAAUUCAAACUUGAUAUUGAUGGGAAGGUGAUCCAAGCAGGAAAAUUUGAUCAUAAAAGUACUGCUCAAGAACGUGAAGCAUAUUUGGUAUGUGGAGAUAAUGAUGAAACAAAUGAAGUUCUUGAUAAUGAAGUUCUUGAUAAUGAUGAAAUUAAUGAAAUUUUGGCACGCAGUGAUGACGAAAUAAGGAUCUUUAGAGAGAUUGAUGAUGAGAGAGAAAAAAACGAAGAAAAAGAAUGGCUAAGCUCAGGAAAUAGUAAUAUUAGGAAAAGUAGAUUAGUUGAAGAACAUGAAUUACCUCCUUUGUAUUUAGCAGAAUAUCAAGAAAUUAGAUCUGAAAAUGUUGAAGAAUAUGGCAGAGGACAAAGACAGCGAAAAGAAGUUUUCUAUGAUGAUGGUUUGACUGAAGAUCAAUACUUGAAGGCACUUGAAAAGAACUUGGAUGUGACGGAUUUAAUUACUAAAAAGAAAAAAGCAUACCUUGAAAAAAAAAGUAAGGGAAAAGAAGUUGCCGAUGAUUUUGAUUUGGAAGAGGAGCAAGAAGAUGAGGAACAGGAAGAUGGAUUGAAAGUAAAAAAACAUAAUCAAAGGGACAGAAAAGGAAAACGUAAAGCAGAAGAUAUGGAAUCAGGAGAUGAAAAGCCAAAAAAGAUUAGUAGCAAGAAAUAUAGGAGAAAAAGAAUGGAAAUGAAAAUUAGUGAUGAGGAUGGUAAUGAAAUUAAAGGGAAUAACAGCAAUGUAGCAAGCAGUAGUAAUAAUUAUUCACGAAGAUUAAAACAAAAAUUUACUGAUUCUGGAUCUUCUACUACACCGAGUUCUUCUCUGUUUCAUCAAUGUAUUGUUCAUCUUGAAAGCUUUAUCGAUAACUCGGAUGAAAAACCACGAAAAAGAGCCGAGUUGUUUCUUGAUCUUCCUAAUAGAAGAGAAUACCCAUCUUAUUAUAAAGCAAUCAAGAAACCAGUAUCUCUUAAUCUUUUACGUAAACGUAUUAAUCGUGGACAUUACAAAUCUUAUGAUGAAUUUUUCAAUGACAUGAUUUUAAUGUUUGAUAAUGCUCGUACUUUUAACGAGGAUGAAUCUGAAAUCUACCAAGAUGCUAAUAUUUUACAACAAACACAAUCGACUAAACUUCUCACCAGUUAUCAAACUUUAAAUAAUGAUUUAGCGGUGAAGAUACCUUAUUAUUAUCACUUUCGAAACUUCACGAAUUCUAAAGGUGCAUGUGAAGGAUCUUUAGCAUGUUCAACAUGUCAUGUUAUUGUUGAUCCUGAAUAUUAUAAUAAAUUAGAGGAACCCACAGACGAAGAAAAUGAUAUGUUAGAUUUGGCAUUUGGUUUAACAGAAACGCUAGGGUGUCAAAUAGUUAUGAAGAAAGAAUUGGAUGGAAUAACCGUAACAAUACCUUCAGCAACAAGAAAUGUAAGAUUAGAAGGAUCAAAAUUGUCAUAA